CUUGAAGUUCCAGGCAGAUUCAUCAAAGUCAAGCUGAACAGCUCUCAGGAAUGACGCCUGGCACGAGAUACACGUAAUUUCAUCGCAUGCAGUCGUCAUUGGACCGCUGAGUACCGAGCCGGGCGAAUCGCUUUCUCAAAAAACGUGGGACUUCGCGCCAGCGUACGUGCAGACUACCUUAUUAGGACACAGUCACGACUGCAAGCGCUUCCAUGUAUUGGACCCUGCACUCGAGUGCCCACACCGGUCGUAUCACAGGCUACGCUCUCUCGUUGGAGCAUGUCUGUGUCAGCGUCUGCAGGUCCCUCAGGAGCUGAUCAAGCAGACUGCAGUGUUGGUGCGCUCGAGUGCGAAGGCUUGCCUAUUCCCCGCGUCAAUGCCAAUCUGCCAAAGUAGCCAAUGCAACCGGACCCUGCUCCAGUGAUCCCAUCCUACGCGUCGCGAUGUGUCACUGGCGAGGAUGGACAAAAUCCCAAAUCCAUGCUAUACCGAUCAUUGCUACGCCAAUGAAGCUCGCUCAUGCCGCAAUCGCAGUCGCUGGUCCGAUGUUUUCAUCGUUUGUUAGAAGCGUGGGCGCGCAAGAAGAGGUCGUUGUCAAGCGUGUUGGCGACGGUGUUUACGCAGAUGGCAAUCUGAUCUGCACGCUCAAGAUCAGCUACAUUCCUGUCGAGAUCGACUUGUCGGACUUCUCGAAUGAGUCGUGGCACAGCCUCAAGCUCAGCUUUCCUGCCGGAACGACACAUCUCGAGAGUACCAAACCGGGUCAUUCCACGUGGACAUUCGAGCUGACAGAUCAUCCCGGUACACAUUCUCUGAGCGUCACGAAUUCGAAUGCUGGUCAUUUGACGGGAUACUCCUUGCCUGGCGUGUUGGUCACCUUUCCGCCGGCGUACUGUCGCACGCGCUGACAGUGUACAGGACGAGUGAUCAUGCAUUGACGUGCAAGGGCGAGCGCAUUGCCUUCAUUUGAGGAGGCUUCUGAUUCGUGGGGAGAGCGCCAUUGCAUUCUGCC